GGCCAACCUCUAUAGCUUUUGGUGAUUUUAAUAACGAUACUCGACUGGAUAUGGUUGUCACUAUGGAGUAUUACAAAAAUGUAGCUGUAUACCUUGGAUAUGGUAAUGGCUCUUUUUCAAAUCAAAUGACAUAUUUAGUUGCAAAUGGCCCAUCCUCUGUAGCUGUUGGUGAUUUUAACAACGAUGCCCGAUCGGAUAUCGUCGUCGCUAAUUAUUUGGAGAACACUGUAAGUGUACUUCUUGGUUAUGGCAAUGGCUCGUUUGCAAGACAAAAAACAUUUUCAGUUGGCUUUAAACCAUCUUCUGUAGCGACUGGUGAUUUUAAUAACGACAGUCGACUGGAUAUCGUCGUCGCUAAUUUUGAUAGCAAGUCUAUAAGUUUACUUCUAGGAUAUGGCAAUGGCUCUUUUGCAAGUCAAACGAAGUAUUCAACUGGCUCUCGAUCAUUCUCUGUAGUUGUUGGUGAUUUUAAUAACGACAGCCGACUGGAUAUCGUCGUCGCUAAUUUUGAUAGCAAGUCUAUAAGUUUACUUCUAGGGUAUGGUAAUGGUUCUUUUGCAAGACAAGUGAAAUAUUCCACUGGCACUGCACCAAUAUUUGUAGCUGUCGGUGAUGUUAACAACGACAGUCGACUGGAUAUCAUCGUCACUAAUCGUGAUGACAACACUACCAGUGUACUUCUCGGAUAUGGUAAUGGUUCUUUUGCAAAUCAGACGAUAUAUUCCACCGGUAAUUCGCCACUUUACGUAGCAGUUGGUGAUUUAAAUAAUGAUACUCAACUGGAUAUUGUUACCAGUAAUUUUGAUGACAAUACUGUAAGUGUGCUUCUAGGAUAUGGCAAUGGCUUUUUUGCAAAUCAAAUAACAUAUUCAAUUGGCACUACUCCAUACGGUGUAGCUCUUAGUGAUUUGAAUAACGACGGUCGACUUGAUAUCGUCUCCCCUAAUCAUGACGGCAGCAGUACAUUAUCGUCACCAAUUAUGGCACCAACAAUGUAG